GCAUGAUGGCGGCGGCGGCGGCGGCCGGGAGCGCCAGCGGCGGCAGCAGCGGCGGCGCGGGCAGCAGCAGCAGCGACACGUCCAGCACCGGCGAGGAGGAGCGGAUGCGGCGCCUCUUCCAGACGUGCGACGGCGACGGGGAUGGAUACAUAAGCAGGAAUGACUUGUUGAUGGUCUGUCGUCAGUUGAAUAUGGAAGAGUCUGUGGCUGAGAUCAUGAACCAACUGGGUGCAGAUGAAAAUGGGAAGAUUUCCUUUCAGGAUUUUAUAAGAUGCCGCAUGCAGCUUGUUCGAGAAAUUAGGAAGGAGGAGGUGGGACUUUCUGAGAAGUCAGACAACUCCUGUAAAAAGAAGAAGCUGAGGGAUAGAAUUGCUUCCUGGCCCACAAGCAGUGACAACAGUUUGGGAGCCUUAUCAGCGGCCAGGGAGAGCUGGGAAUACGACUCGGGUGCCAGGGACCUCCAGAGCCCAGACCUUCAGAGUCAGUCAGCACUACAGAAGCUUCUCGAGUAUGGUGGGAGCUCUUUGCACCAGCAGCCUGCUGCCCUCCACAGACUGCUCACACAGGCCCCUCAUUUUGGCAGCUCUGUAGGAGGAAGCUAUCUAGAACUGGCCAACACGCUCCACUUGGCAGCCCUGGCAUCGCUAAAAGGAGACAUAGUGGAGCUUAAUAAACGUCUGCAGCAAACGGAGCGGGAACGGGACCUUCUGGAAAAGAAAUUGGCCAAGGCACAGUGUGAGCAGUCCCAUCUCAUGAGAGAGCAUGAGGAUGUCCAGGAGCGGACGACGCUGCGAUACGAGGAGCGUAUCACGGAGCUCCACAGCAUCAUUGCUGAGCUCAAUAAGAAGAUAGACCGUUUGCAAGGCACCACCAUCAGGGAGGAAGAUGAGUACUCAGAGCUGCGAUCAGAACUCAGCCAGAGUCAACAAGAGGUCAACGAGGACUCUCGAAGCAUGGAUCAAGACCAGACCUCUGUCUCCAUCCCUGAAAACCAGUCCACCAUGGUCACUGCUGACAUGGAUAACUGCAGUGACCUGAACUCGGAGCUGCAGCGGGUGCUGACGGGGCUGGAGAACGUUGUCUGCUGCAGGAAGAAGAGCAGCUGCAGCCUGUCCGUGGCCGAAGUGGACAGGCACAUCGAGCAGCUCACUACAGCCAGUGAGCACUGCGACUUGGCCAUUAAGACGGUCGAGGAGAUCGAGGGGGUACUCGGCCGGGAUCUGUAUCCCAACCUGGCUGAGGAGCGGUCUCGUUGGGAGAAGGAGCUGGCUGGGCUGAGGGAAGAGAAUGAGAGCCUGACCGCCAUGCUCUGCAGCAAAGAGGAGGAGCUGAACAGGACCAAGGCCACCAUGAACGCCAUCCGGGAGGAGCGGGACCGGCUCCGGAGGAGGGUGCGAGAGCUUCAAACUCGACUACAGAGUGUGCAGGCCACAGGGCCCUCCAGCCCUGGCCGCCUCACUUCCACCAACCGCCCGGUCAACCCCAGCACCGGGGAGCUGAGCACGAGCAGCAGCAGCAAUGACAUUCCCAUCGCCAAGAUCGCAGAGAGGGUGAAACUGUCAAAGACCAGGUCCGAAUCCUCAUCAUCCGAUCGACCAAUCCUGGGCUCAGAAAUCAGCAGCAUCGGGGUGUCCAGCAGCGUGGCGGAACACCUGGCCCACUCUCUUCAGGACUGCUCCAAUAUCCAAGAGAUCUUCCAGACACUCUAUUCGCAUGGAUCUGCCAUCUCUGAAAGCAAAAUUAGAGAGUUUGAGGUGGAAACGGAACGCUUAAACAGCCGUAUUGAACACCUCAAAUCCCAAAAUGACCUCCUGACCAUAACCCUGGAAGAAUGCAAAAGCAACGCCGAGCGGAUGAGCAUGCUGGUGGGCAAAUACGAAUCCAAUGCCACAGCUCUGAGGCUGGCCCUGCAGUACAGUGAGCAGUGCAUAGAAGCCUAUGAACUCCUCCUGGCCCUGGCUGAGAGCGAGCAGAGCCUCAUCCUGGGGCAGUUCCGGGCAGCCGGCGUGGGGUCCACCCCGGGAGACCAGUCAGGGGAUGAAAACAUCACUCAGAUGCUCAAGCGCGCUCACGACUGCCGGAAGACGGCUGAGAAUGCGGCCAAGGCCCUGCUCCUGAAGCUGGACGGCAGCUGUGGGGGCGCCUUCGCCGUGGCCGGCUGCAGCGUGCAGCCCUGGGAGAGCCUGUCCUCCAACAGCCACACCAGCACGACCAGCUCCACAGCCAGCAGCUGCGAUACGGAGUUCACUAAGGAAGACGAGCAGAGGCUGAAGGAUUACAUCCAGCAGCUGAAGAACGACAGGGCCGCGGUCAAGCUGACCAUGCUAGAGCUGGAAAGCAUCCACAUCGACCCUCUCAGCUAUGACGUCAAGCCCCGGGGAGACAGCCAGCGACUGGACCUCGAAAACGCUGUGCUGAUGCAGGAGCUGAUGGCCAUGAAGGAGGAGAUGGCUGAGCUGAAGGCCCAGCUCUACCUGCUGGAGAAGGAGAAGAAGGCUCUGGAGCUAAAGCUGAGCACCCGGGAGGCCCAGGAACAAGCCUACCUGGUGCACAUCGAGCACCUGAAGUCCGAGGUGGAGGAGCACAAGGAGCAGCGCAUGAGGUCCCUCAGCUCCACCAGCAGCGGCGGCAAAGACAAGUCCGGCAAGGACUGCGCUGAUGCCGCCUCCCCAGCUCUGUCCCUGGCUGAACUGAGGACCACGUACAGCGACAGCGAGCUGGCUGCAGAGUUCGCCAAUGCCAUUCGUCGAGAAAAGAAGUUAAAGGCCAGGGUUCAAGAGUUGGUGAGCGCCUUGGAAAGACUCACCAAGAGCAGUGAAAUCCGACACCAGCAAUCAGCAGAGUUUGUCAAUGACCUAAAGAGAGCCAACAGCAACCUGGUGGCUGCCUAUGAGAAAGCAAAGAAGAAGCAUCAAAACAAACUGAAGAAGCUGGAGUCUCAGAUGAUGGCCAUGGUGGAGAGACACGAGACCCAAGUGAGGAUGCUCAAGCAAAGGAUAGCUCUGCUGGAGGAGGAGAACUCAAGGCCACACACCAACGAAACUUCCCUUUAGUCGGCCCUCGGGCACCAAAGUUCUGCCCCCGGAAGGUCAGCUGUGGCGGGCUGCCGAGAAGGGCCCCGGGGAUGGGGUACCUGUCGGGAGAGCUGAGGCAGACAGGCAGGUAGGUAGGUCAGCACCUGGACCAGGGGGGGCCAUGGACUCAGCCCUCGGGGUGAGCGUCCCUGGUGCCGCUGUGUAGACUGUCCCGAGGACCCACGGACAACAUGUAAAUACCUGCUCUGUGUGCCGUGCUCAGCAGGCCUUGCUUCUGCUUCCAGCGCUGGCUUUGUCCCUUAGGGUUUUCUACUGUUUCCUUUCUUUUGGUAGACAGUGACCUUCUCUCUGGCGUCCCCGAUUUCUCCUCCGACCUCCCUCGGGGGAAACCCUCACACACACACACAGGGGUGCGUGGAUGUCCUCGCAUCUAGAUUUGCUCACUGCCAAGGCUGCCGACUCUAAGACCCAGGAGAUGGUCCAUGGGUGGCGCAGUCCUAGAUAUGAAGUUACAGGGCGAGCAGCCCCAGGGCUGUGCCUGACCCGUGGUGUGCGGGAGACGACCACCACCUCCCACGGUGGACCCAGGGCCGGGAAGGGCGCCCUCUUCUGGCUUUGGGACUGCCCCACCCAUGGAGCCUCAUCAACGGUCAAGGCUAGGAGCUGGGCUGGUGCGUGUAUUGGAACUAAACUUUUAUCUGCAAUUUCAUCAAGGACAGAGGAGCAUUUUUAGUACUUUGCCCCCACCCCAGGGCACUCUAUAAUUGCUGUUUGCAUGAAACAGUGUCCACCCACAGGAGGGUACCUGUAGCUCUGGCAUGCCUCUCUUUCUCUAAGGGCAAGAGGCAGGACGCUGAGUAGUGAAUAUUUUGCAGGCUGAGCCCACCUAUUUAAGAGAUUGCUACCGAACCACCAGGUCAAGCCUUUGCUCCUGCUGUGAUGAAGGGCAGGGGGUGAGGAAAUGGUCCUCAAGGCCUCCUUUUAUCCCCCAGAUGUGGUGGUGAUCGUUAGCAUAUGGUGCUUAAACAGGUUAAAUUUCAAGCAAAAUGCUGACAGGGCUGGGCAGGACCAAAGUACCUGAAUUCUUUCAGGAAGGGCUUCCCUCUCAAAUCCAUUAUUCCUCGUCUGCUGUCACUGUUUCACCCUUCCUUCUGUAGUCGCCCUACACUGAGCGCCACCCAAAAGGAUCGCCUGCCAUGUGCUCGGUAGCACCUGAAGAUCCACCCAAGUGCCCUAGGAGAAAUAAGUCCCAAUGCCGCAGCUCACAGUUUUGCUUAUGACCAGGUCAUUGCCUUGGUGCCCCCAUGUCCACAGCUCAGUGUCUGCUUUCAGAGAGCAUGAAUCAAGUUCCUCAGCCUUCCGCACUCUGGGGAAUGACACUCUAGCCACCGCCUCCGAAGGCCGAGUCUUAUCCCCCAAAGCACCCAACUCUCUCAGGUGAGCAGGGGAGGCUGCCAGAUCUUCAGAAACAGUCACCUGCGUCAGUCUGCAGGACCCAGCUUUUGGGUGCUCUGAUCGCUGAGACGAUGCCUGCUGGUUCCUGUGUCUGUUACGAAAAUGUCAGUCAGAGUUGGUUCUUGUUUGUGAUUUCUUCAAAUCAAUUUUUACUCUUUGGGUUAAAAUUUCACUUUGUCCCAAGGAAAAUGUUUGGCUGGAAAGUAUGUCCAAAAAUGGUUUAAUAGACAAAAAUCAUGGCUUCCCCAGCUUGCCCAGGGACAUGUCCUCCAAGCGAACUGGGACAUGCGUGCGAGGGGGGAUGCAGCCAUGGCUCUCUCUUGUGACUGAAAAACGUAGCUGACGCAGGAAGAACCAAGUCCUGUCUGCUGUCCCGUCUACCACUUACCCCGAGUCAGAACAGAGCGCCCACCCUUGAGGGUCCUGGAACCCUGCCAGACUGAGUCUCUGCUCUUCCAUUAAGAGCCCCCGUAUUACUGAAGCUACCUGGGCCUCGGAGUUCAUACUUCAAGCUAAUACUUUUUAAAUAUGUGGUGAUUGGGUGAAAACUAUUUCCCCAGUAAAACUGUUACUUUUAUAAAUGUAUAGAAUAAAAAAAAAUCUAUUAAAUAGUUGAUUUCCUUUCCUUGUAGUUUUCGAAGACUCCUUAAGACAAAAUCCUUGCUGAAGGUGAACAGGCACUUGGUUAUGUUAAUUGUGGAGCCUAUUAAAACUGCAUUAUUAAAUGACCGCAGGUGCCUGGAUAAUUUUCCUUUUUUAUAACCUGAAUUCUUCUUUCUAAAUAGAAGAUGGUUUAUAUUAACAUCUCUGUCAGGGGUAAAAACAGUGUUUUUCUAACUUGUAUGAGGUUUUAAAAAAAUCUUCAGACCUUCGUAUUUUUGUUUUCUUCCAGCUUCCUCAGUGGUUUUUACCCCCUUAAGGCAGUUACCUUCUCUAUUCAGAGUUCAGUCUUUGGCCCUUAGAGCAGCGGGCAUGGGAAGGACGGACCCAUUUCACAGUUCUCUCCGAGUGUAUUUCCCACCACAGAAUUGAGGUGGAAGGCACAGAUAGAAGGGACUCCUGUCUGCAGCUGGCGGCAUCUGUUCUGUCAAGCCCCGGGUGCUCCAGCUACCAGAACUGACAGACUUGUGAGGGGUAAGAAGUUCUUUGAGACUUUCACCAAAACCUGCUCAUGAUAAGUAUCUAUGUCAUCGGAUAGUCAGCUGACACUCAUCACGCCCUGGCCCCAGAGGUACACCCGAUGUCUCAUCAUUGCCAUCUGCUGGCCUGUCAGGUCUCUGAGGUUAAUGUCCACGCUGCUUCAAACUGGAAAUGUUAAGUCAAUAAAAAAUUAAGUGCCAGUCAAACAUAAUUGCUCAACUCUCCUUUGC